AUGCCAAAAUUUAUCUCUUCUCUGACCCUUGCCCCGUUUAUUCCUCAAGUUGGACACUAUGCCGGCAUCCUUGAAUCAUCAUACUAUGCAGCUCAUACCCUGACCAUCUUUCAUUGGAGUCAACUGUCCGACCACAUCGGGCGGAAGCCUGUAAUACUGACAGCUCUAUUAGCAAUUGUUAUUUCGAUGUUUUCGUUCGGGCUGUCGAAGACCUUCUUCGGUCUGGUGGUCAGUCGUAUUGUCUGCGGAGCAUUUGAUGCGAGCGAUAGUAUGGCCAAGAGCAACCUGAUGGACAUCACUGACGCAACCAAUAUGCCCAAGGCAUACAGUUAUGUCCCAAUCCCGUGGACGAUCGCAACCACAAUUGGGUAG